GUUUUGGGCCAUUUUGGGCUAUUUUCGGGACAUUUCGGGCUCCCCAAAGCUGUACGACAUGGCCGAGUCCUUCCUGUGGUUCGUGCCGGGCCCUCACCUGCGCAUCCCGCGGCUCCUGGGGAAGAUGAGGAGCUUCAUCGCCCGGCGCGUGCGCGACAACGCCCGGACCCUCGACCCCAGCAGCCCCCGCGACUUCAUCGACGCCUUCCUCAUCCAGAUGGAGAAGGAAAAGGACAACCCCAACACCGAGUUCACCCUGGAGAACCUGGAGCUGACCACCCUGAACCUUUUCUUCGCUGGCACCGAGACCGUGAGCUCCACCCUGCGCUUCGGCCUCCUCUUCCUCAUGCGGCACCCCCACGUCGAAGAGAAGGUUUUCCAGGAGAUCUCGCGCGUGGUGGGGUCGGGCCGGGCUCCGGCCCUCACUGACCGGCCCCAAAUGCCCUUCACGGAGGCCACGAUCCACGAGAUCCAGCGGUGCAGCGACCUCCUGCCCAUGAACGUCCCGCACCGCCUGACGCGCGACGCCGACUUCCGCGGCUACCGAAUCCCCAAGGGCAUGGACGUCUACCCCGUGCUCAGCUCGGCCCUAAACGACCCCAAAUCCUUCAAGAACCCCCAAAACUUCGACCCCGGGAACUUCCUGGACGAGCAGGGCCAGUUCCAGCGCAACGAGGCCUUCAUGCCCUUCUCGGCCGGGAAGCGGCUGUGCCUGGGGGAGGGGCUGGCGCGGAUGGAGCUGUUCCUGUUCCUCACCACGAUCCUGCAGCGCCUCCGGCCCCAACCCCUGGGACCCCCCGAGGAGGUGCCCACGACCCCCCUGGAGAGCGGCUUCGCCAAAAUCCCGCCCCGCUACGAGCUGCGCAUGGUGCCGCGAUGAGACCCCUCCCCAAAUUCACCCCGGAGACCCCUCCCCAAAUUCGGGAACGACCCCAAAUCAACGGAAAUUCCCCCAAAAUCCACCCCAAAAUGCCCCCCACGCUACGAGCUGCGCAUGGUGCCGCGAUGAGACCCCUCCCCAAAUUCACCCCGGAGACCCCUCCCCAAAUUCGGGAAUCCCCCAAAUCAAGGGAAAUUCCCCCAAAAUCCACCUCAAAAUCAGGAUUCCCCCCAAGACCCCUCCCCAAAUUCCCACCCCCCGAGACCCCUCCGCAGAUUCCGGAAUGACCCCAAAUCAACGGAAAUUCCCUCAAAAUCCUCCCCAAAAUCCCCCCCCCGCUACGAGCUGCGCAUGGUGCCGCGAUGAGACCCUUCCCCAAAUUCACCCCAGAGACCCCUCCCCAAAUUCACCCCAGAGACCCCUCCCCAAAUUCGGGAACGACCUCAAAUCAAGGGAAAUUCCCCCAAAAUCCUCCCCAAAAUCAGGAUUCCCCCAAGACCCCUCCCCAAAUUCCCGACCUCGGGAAUGCCCCAAAUCAACUGAAACUCCCUCAAAAUCCGCCCCCAAAAAUCCCCCCCAGGACCCCAAAUUCCCCCCAAAAUUCGCCCCAAA